CCGCCAGAGCCCCAAGUGCAUCAUCUCGCUAGAGGUCAUGUCCAGCUCAAUGGAGAUCUGUGUGAUUAAGGUGGAGAUCAAGGACCUGAACGACAAUGCUCCCAGUUUCCCGGCCGCACAGAUUGAACUGGAGAUCUCUGAGGCAGCCAGUCCCGGUACGCGCAUCCCACUGGACAGCGCUUAUGAUCCGGACUCGGGCAGCUUUGGCGUGCAGACCUACGAGCUCACACCCAACGAGCUGUUUGGCCUGGAGAUUAAGACGCGGGGUGACGGAUCACGCUUUGCUGAACUCGUGGUGGAGAAGAGCCUGGACCGAGAGACACAGUCACACUACAACUUUCGAAUCACGGCACUCGACGGAGGUGACCCACCACACUUGGGCACAGUUGGCCUCAGCAUCAAGGUGACUGACUCGAAUGACAACAACCCGGUGUUUGGAGAGUCCACCUACUCAGUGAGCGUGCCUGAGAAUUCGCCUCCCAAUACACCCGUCAUCCGCCUGAAUGCCAGCGAUCCAGAUGAGGGCACCAACGGCCAGGUGGUCUACUCAUUCUACGGCUAUGUCAAUGACCACACACGUGAACUCUUCCAAAUUGACCCACACAGCGGCCUAGUCACUGUCACCGGUGCGCUAGACUAUGAAGAGGGCCACGUGUACGAACUGGAUGUGCAAGCCAAGGACCUGGGUCCUAACUCUAUUCCUGCACAUUGCAAAGUCACUGUCAGCGUCCUAGACACUAACGACAACCCGCCAAUUAUCAACCUACUAUCUGUCAAUAGCGAGCUUGUGGAGGUGAGCGAGAGCGCCCCCCCGGGCUAUGUGAUUGCCCUGGUUCGGGUGUCUGAUCGAGACUCAGGUCUCAACGGACGUGUGCAGUGCCGCUUGCUGGGCAAUGUCCCUUUUCGGCUGCAGGAGUAUGAGAGCUUCUCCACUAUCCUUGUUGAUGGACGGCUGGAUCGCGAACAGCAUGACCAGUACAAUCUGACGAUUCAGGCUCGAGACAGCGGUGUGCCAAUGCUGCAAAGUGCCAAGUCCUUUACUGUGCGCAUCACUGAUGAGAAUGACAACCACCCACACUUCUCCAAGCCUUACUACCAAGUCAUUGUACAGGAGAACAACACUCCUGGCGCCUAUCUGCUCUCUGUCUCUGCCCGCGACCCCGACUUGGGUCUCAAUGGCAGUGUCUCCUACCAAAUUGUGCCAUCACAGGUGCGAGACAUGCCUGUCUUCACCUAUGUCUCCAUCAAUCCCAACUCUGGUGAUAUCUAUGCGCUACGAUCCUUCAACCAUGAACAGACCAAGGCAUUCGAGUUCAAGGUGCUGGCCAAGGAUGGCGGCUUGCCCUCCUUGCAAAGCAACGCCACAGUGAGGGUCAUCAUCCUCGAUGUCAAUGACAAUACCCCAGUCAUCACCGCCCCACCCCUGAUCAAUGGCACUGCUGAGGUCUAUAUUCCUCGAAACUCCGGCAUAGGCUACUUGGUGACUGUAGUUAAGGCAGAUGAUUAUGAUGAGGGUGAAAAUGGCCGAGUCACCUAUGACAUGACAGAAGGUGACCGAGGUUUCUUCGAAAUAGACCAUGUCAACGGAGAAGUCAGAACCACUCGCACCUUUAAUGAGAACUCCAAGGCUUCCUAUGAGCUGAUAGUGGUGGCCCAUGACCAUGGCAAGACGUCUCUUUCCGCCUCUGCCCUUGUCCUAAUCUACCUGUCCCCGGCUCUUGAUGCCCAAGAGUCAAUGGGCUCAGUGAACUUAUCCCUGAUUUUCAUUAUUGCCCUGGGCUCCAUUGCUGGCAUCCUCUUUGUCACUAUGAUAUUCGUGGCAAUCAAGUGCAAGCGUGACAACAAAGAGAUCCGGACCUACAACUGUAAUAAUUGUUUAACCAUCACUUGUCUCCUCGGCUGUUUUAUAAAAGGACAAAACAGCAAGUGUCUGCAUUGCAUCUCGGUUUCUCCCAUUAGCGAGGAGCAAGACAAAAAGGCAGAGGAGAAAGUGAGCCUAAGGGGAAAGAGAAUUGCUGAGUACUCCUAUGGGCAUCAAAAGAAAUCAAGUAAGAAGAAAAAAAUUAGUAAGAAUGACAUCCGCCUUGUACCUCGGGACGUGGAGGAGACAGACAAGAUGAAUGUUGUCAGUUGCUCCUCCCUUACUUCGUCCCUCAACUAUUUCGACUACCACCAACAAACACUGCCCCUGGGCUGCCGACGCUCUGAGAGCACUUUCUUGAAUGUGGAGAACCAGAAUACCCGCAACACCACUGCCAACCACAUCUACCAUCACUCCUUCAACAGCCAGGGCCCCCAGCAGCCAGAUCUGAUCAUCAAUGGUGUGCCCCUGCCUGAGACUGAAAACUAUUCCUUUGACUCUAACUACGUGAAUAGCCGUGCCCAUUUAAUCAAAAGCAGCUCCACCUUCAAGGACCUGGAGGGCAACAGCCUGAAGGAUAGUGGACAUGAGGAGAGCGACCAGACUGACAGUGAGCAUGAUGUCCAGAGGAGCCUGUACUGUGAUACUGCUGUGAAUGAUGUGCUGAACACCAGUGUGACCUCCAUGGGAUCUCAGAUGCCUGACCACGGCCACGGAAUCCUAUGCCUACUCGCUCCAAGUCUCCUGAGCACGUGAGGAACAUCAUCGCUCUGUCCAUUGAAGCUACUGCUGCUGAUGUUGAGGCUUACGACGACUGCGGCCCCACCAAACGGACAUUCGCAACCUUUGGAAAAGAUGUCAGCAACCACCCAACUGAGGAGCGGCCCAUCCUGAAAGGCAAGAGGACUGUCGAUGUGACCAUCUGCAGCCCCAAAGUCAACAGCGCUAUCCGGGAGGCAGGCAAUGGAUGUGAGGCUAUUAGCCCUGUCACAUCCCCACUCCAUCUCAAGAGCCCUCUGCCCACCAAGCCUUCCAUGUCUUACACGGUCGCCCUGGCUCCUCCAGCUCAUGAUCUGGAGUACCAUGCCAACAAUGGCGCCUCUCGUCCUUCUGAAGCUGAGCCCCGUGGAGCCGACAGUGAGAAAGUCAUGCAUGAGGUCAAUCCUAUUCUGAAGGAAGGUCGUGACAAGGAAUCUCCUGGCGUGAAGCGCCUGAAGGAUAUCAUUCUGUAAACCGGUCGGGAGAAGUAGAGAGAAAGAAAUCACACUGGCUAGUGAAGAUGAAGCAGCUGCUCAUUUUAAUUGCUCACCAAUGGUUGGUUCUUGAGUGGCUACACUGUAGAGCUUUCCCUAAAUGUAUUGUGUAUAAGUGACUAUCAUUCCGUGACAAUCCCUCUUGUUUCAACAGGCAGUAGGGGUGUUCAGUUGGAGCAAAUUAGCUUUGGCUUGAGUUGUUCAUGGGGCCUUGAUGUUGGGGAAACAGAGGCAAAUUCAGUUGUGAAAAGUAUUAUGUAUUAAGUGUUUGAAUUUAUAUAUUUUUGUAUGUCAAAAUGAUAAUAUAAAUUACCAUUGUUUGUGAAGAAUUACAUUUAAAAA